UGUAGGCAGUUUUUCUGGGAGAGCAGGCGUUGGUUCCUAAGGAUUGUCCCUGACGCUCUUCAACCACAGCAAACAGCGUUUUAGACCACUGUAUCUGGAAGACUGAAGGGCAUGCUUAUGGGACCCACUGAAACGGUAAAUCCUGGCUACAGGACUUUACACUUGUACUUUGAAAAGCAUCUGUGUGGUCUGGGUAUUUUUAAAUGACCGGAAACGCUGGUUCUUUGAGGAAUUAGGCGUUCCCUAGGCCCACAAAAUAGAGACUGGGAUGAAAAGGCGUCCAGACCCGGAUUCUGGGCCCCACUGGUCGCAGUUUUUCAAAAGGAUGUGAACGGGAGCGCGGCCCAAGGGCUCUAGGACCCAGAGGCUGAGCGCGGGGCCAGAAGGGCCCGCCGCAGCCGUUGGGGUUGCCGCGCGAGCAGAGCAGUCGCAGGACGCAGGUUCGCGGCCCGCCUGAGGACUGUCGCCGCAGAGACGCAGCGGGCAGUGUGGCGCGCGGGCGGCGCACGGUGCGCGUGGGCGUGUCUCGGCGGGGCCGCGCUCCCCGCCCCACCCCAGCCCGGCCGGUCGCCCCAGGCCCCGCUCCAGCGCCCCGGCCUCUAGGCCGGCCCGGUGCCCUCGGCGGGCAGCGCAGGGCGCGGGAGCAGUCGGGGCCGGGCAUGCCGGGAGCCCCCCCACGGGCUGCCGCCGCCGCUACCCCGUCUGCCGCCGGGUGCGCGCCGCUGACGCGCGGAGAUGAAAUUCCCGGGCUCCGUGCUGGCGUCCGUGUUCCUGUUCGUGGCGGAGACGACGGCGGCGCUGUACCUGAGCAGCACCUACCGCAAGGGCGGGGACGGCAUGUGGCAGGCGCUGACGCUGCUUUUCUCGCUGCUGCCCUGCGCGCUCGUGCAGCUCACGCUCCUCUUCGUGCACCGCGACUUCAGCCGCGACCGGCCGCUCGUGCUGCUGCUGCACCUGCUGCAACUCGGGCCGCUCUUCAGGUGUUUUGAAGUCUUCUGCAUCUAUUGUCAAUCAGGCCACAUCGAAGAGCCUUAUGUCAGCAUCACCAAGAAGCGACAGAUGCCAAAGAAUGGCUUCUCAGAAGAAGUCGAGAAGGAGGUGGGCCAGGCGGAAGGCAAGCUCUUCACACACCGGUCUGCGUUCAGCCGCGCGUCCGUGAUCCAGGCCUUCCUGGGCUCAGCCCCACAGCUGACCCUGCAACUGUACAUAAGCGCCCUGCAGCAGGACGUCACUGUUGGAAGAUGUCUCUUCAUGGUCCUGUCCCUGUUGUCCAUUGUAUACGGAGCAUUGCGCUGCAACAUCCUAGCCAUCAAGAUCAAGUACGAUGAGUACGAUGUCAAAGUAAAGCCUCUGGCCUAUGUGUGUAUCUUCCUCUGGAGGAGCUUUGAGAUUGCCACUCGAGUCAUUGUCCUGGUCCUCUUCACCUCCGUCCUGAAGGCCUGGGUGGUAAUGGUCGUGCUCAUCAACUUCUUCAGCUUCUUCCUUUAUCCCUGGAUCCUCUUCUGGUGCAGUGGCUCCCCAUUCCCCGAGAACAUCGAGAAGGCCCUCAGUCGCGUGGGCACCACCAUUGUCCUGGGCUUCCUCACCUUACUCUAUGCCGGGAUCAAUAUGUUCUGCUGGUCAGCCGUGCAGCUGAAAAUCAACAACCCUGACCUCAUCAGCAAGUCCCAGAACUGGUACCGGCUCCUGGUGUACUACAUGCUGAGAUUCAUUGAGAACGCCGUCCUCCUGCUCAUGUGGUAUCUUUACAAGACUGACAUCUACAUGUACGUGUGCGCGCCUCUGCUGAUUCUGCAGUUGCUCGUUGGCUACUGCACGGCCAUCCUGUUCAUGCUCGUGUUCUAUCAGUUCUUCCACCCUUGCAAAAAGCUCUUCUCCUCCACUGUUGCAGAAGGCUUUCAAGAGUGGCUAAAGUGUGUCUGCUGUCACUGCAGGCAGCGGAAGUCGCGUGAGUCUGUAGGCAAGGUGGAUCAAAGGUCAAUCGGAGACAGAGAUGAGACACCUUCUAGCAGUAAAAUAAGUUCUGUGCCCAGCCAGAUUUUGAACACUGAAGAGCUCUGCUCAGCUUAGUAGGGCCUGAGUCUCUCGGAGUUCAGACCUACUGUUUUCUGGGUUGAUCCUUGUUCUUCAUACAAGGGACGGGCCCUGUGCAGUUGACAGGGAAGUUAGCUCUCAACUCCCUGUGAGUUGCUCCUCUUUAGAGAGCUCUUGGGCAUGUGGGAACUAUGGAGAGAAGCCAAGGAAAGCCCUGAGUAUUAGAGAGGCAGCCCAGGGUACCACCAUUUGUAGUUGACCUUGUUCUCCCAGGUGUUACUGGCCUUUCCCCUGACAAGGGCCCCUUGCUAUCUGAGUUGGGCUGGUUAGAUCCGUCAGGUAGAAUGAGGACAGGAGCUUUCUGGUUUUCUAGGUUUUUUUGAACU